AUGGAGGUGAUGGUCGAGUUGGAUCUUUUUGUUGGGCUUUUUGAAUCGACCAUUUUUUUUGGUUUCCAAUAUGGUGAUUUUAUGAGAGAAAGCUGGGGUUUUUGUUUGAUUUGCGGUGGUGUUGUGGUUCUUGCUGUGGAUUUUAGGUCUGGCGGCUUGUUAGGGCAGCAGAAAGAGUUGAUGAUUGUUAGAUCCAACUCGAUCCGCCACGAACAAUGCAGCAUAAGGUCGAGAACAAGAGGGCGUCCUUUUGCCUCCGAAAACCUAACCGACUCACUCGUCGAUUUCAAGCUAUGGGAGCUUGCCUCCGUCGGAGCGGGACCUUCUCGCUCUGCCAAUUCCAGCGCCGAGCACGAGGAGCUUCUCGAAAUCUCCAGGGGCUUCUCUGACUGCUCCAGCUUUGGCUCCGACAUCUCCGGUGAGCUCCAAAGGCUGGCCUCCUUUUCCAUAUCUGAGGUGCCACGGAGCGUUGUGGCAUCCAACGUCAAAGGUUUCGAGGAAUCCGGGCUCAGCACGUCAUCAGAGAGCCUAGAGUACACGUCGGUGGAGGGCGUCGAGCCGGUGGUGCGCGCUUGCGUGGAGCGUCUGAGGUCGGUGUCGGUGGAGGCGAAGCGGGAGGCUGCGGCGAGGAUCCGGCUCCUGGCGAAGCACCGGUUGGAUUUCCGGUUGCUGAUCAGGGCGUCGGGGCCGAUCUCGGCCCUAGUCCCGCUGCUGCGCAGCACGGAUCCGGCUGCGCAAGAGAAUGCGGCGACGGCGCUGCUUAACCUUUCGCUGGAGGAGGCCAACAAGAGGCGCAUAGCGGCGGUGGGCGCGAUCAAGCCGCUGGUGUACGCCCUGCGGACAGGGACAGCCUCUGCGAAGCAGAACGCUGCGUGCGCGUUGCUGAACAUUUCGAUGAUCGAGGAGAACCGGGCAAUGAUAGGAGCAUGUGGAGCGAUCCCACCGUUUGCUUGCUACCUUAUCUAAAUAGAAAAAAAAAGUCA